CAGUGUGCAUCUUUAGAGUUGGGCUUGCUCUGUCGUAGUGUGGUGUGAUAAAUUUCAGGCAUCCUCUCGUGCAUCAACCAAAAAUGUGUGGUAUUUUCGCCUACCUGAACUACCUCACGCCCAAGAGGAGGGCUGAAAUUAUCGACCUACUCAUCCGAGGCCUCGAGAGACUCGAGUAUCGUGGAUACGAUUCCGCAGGCAUCGGUAUCGACAGCUUGUCGGAAGGCGUGACUCUCAUCAAACAAGAGGGUAAAGUGAAGCGUUUGCGUGAUGAGAUCGAGCGUCUCAAGGACUCCCUGGACAUGGACCGCGAGCUUGAUCGUCAUGUGGGCAUCGCACAUACGCGCUGGGCCACGCACGGCGUGCCCUCUGAUAUCAACUCUCACCCUCAGCGCUCCGACGACCUCAACGAGUUCGUCGUCGUGCAUAACGGGAUCAUCACGAACUACAAAGACAUCAAACAGUUCCUGACGCUGAAGGGCCACAAGUUUGAGUCUGACACAGACACAGAGAUCAUAGCUAAGCUCAUCCGUCACAUGUACCAGCUGCAUCCUAACUACUCCUUCCUCGAGCUCGUCGAGGGCGUCAUCCAACAGCUCGUGAAUUCAUGCCACAUUGGGAGCCGAUGUCUCAUGGGCAUGCGUGAUCGAGAGGAUACGCCUGAGCGCACUCACUUGUCAGCGGACAUCAAGGCCGUGGGCCUGCCGCGUACCAACUCUACGGCAGAGUUCGCCCCACUCGGUGACGACAAAGAGGUUGAGUACUUCUUCGCCUCCGACGCUUCUGCUAUCGUCGAGCACACCGACAGAGUCAUCUAUCUUCUCGACGAUGACGUGGCAUCAGUGGGUGCAGAAGGCAUUCUAUCCAUCCAUCGGCUGAAGCGCUCAACGGACGACACACAUAACCGUGAGAUCACCACUCUCAAGAUGGAGAUCCAGGAGAUCAUGAAGGGCAGCUACUCGUCAUUCAUGCAGAAGGAGAUCUUCGAACAGCCUGAGUCUGUGGUGAACACAAUGCGAGGCCGCAUCAACUUCGACAAUGAAGUCGUCGUUCUAGGUGGCAUCAAGGUGGGCUCUGUGUAUUUUUUUCUUCCUUCAAUAGUCAAUUUUAUUCGUAUUUUUUAUUACAAAAAUUUAAGAUUUAUUUCCCGGUCGACGGGUAACACUUUUACCGCGUACGACCUCGCGUCUGACUUCCUCGACAGGAACACGCCUAUCUUCAGGGACGACGUCUGCUUCUUCAUCUCUCAGUCCGGCGAGACUGCUGAUACUCUCAUGGCUUUGCGUUACUGCAAGGCUCGCAACGCUCUCAUCGUUGGCGUGACCAACACUGUGGGUUCAAGCAUCUGCCGCGAGUCUCACUGCGGCGUGCACAUCAACGCAGGUCCUGAGAUCGGCGUGGCCUCCACCAAGGCCUACACCAGCCAGAUGAUCUCCCUCGUCAUGUUCGCCCUCAUGAUGGCAGAAGACAGGAUCUCUUCUCAGCCACGGCGCUCUGAGAUCAUACAAGGACUCAAGAAACUCCCCGAGCAGAUCAAGGAGGUGCUGGCGCUUGACGACCAGAUCAAGGCUAUCAGCGAGCUCGUGUACGACAAGAUGUCCAUGUUGGUGCUCGGACGCGGUUACAACUACGCCACGUGCAUGGAAGGGGCGCUCAAAAUCAAGGAGAUCACGUACAUGCACAGCGAGGGCAUCCUAGCGGGCGAGCUGAAGCACGGCCCUCUCGCCCUCGUCGACAAGGGCAUGCCUAUCAUUAUGAUCUGCAUGCGCGACAACACCUUCGUCGUCAGUAUUGUCUUCACCACCACCAUCAUCAUCAUCUAUGUCAUGCGAGACGGCAUACUGUAGCAUGCGAGACCUCAU